AUGGUACAGGUCAAGCCGAAAGCGAAACUUACAUACGAUGACUACGCUAACUUGCCGGGCGAUGAGCGUUAUGAACUAAUCGACGGGGAGUUGAUUUUGGUUGCUUCACCUCGUGAGAUUCAUCAGAGAAUUCUCAAGAUACUAUUCCGAAUGAUAGUAGCCGCAGAAGAUAGUGGGUUGGGCUGGCCGGACUUGCUGUUCAUAUCCAAGGAUCGCCUGGACAUAAUCACGGCAGCGAAUGUUCAGGGUGCGCCCGACUUGGUGGUCGAAAUCCUUUCGCCAUCCACUUCCAGACUUGAUCGCUCUCGGAAGCGGGAAUUAUAUGAGCGGCAUCAGGUCAAGGAGAUGUGGCUGGUGGAUCCGGAAGAUCGAAAAAUAUCGGUGUUGCUGCUGAAAGACGGCAAGCUGGAUGUUGUGGGGGAAUACAGUGAAGGACAGAGUUUCAGUUCGGCAACGCUUGGGGGACUGAGCAUCGACUUGGACAAGGUUUUCCAGAGCGAAGUAGUUCGUUAG